AAAUAAAGUAUCCACCAGCCAUGUGUUCUGCUUACCUAAUAACAUCAUAGUGGUGAUCUGACUUUCCCAGGAGAGUUUUCUAAAAGGAGAUCUCUAUUUAACAGAGGGCUCAAGGAUCUUACCUGCCAGACUGAGUUCUUACUGCUCAUGAAACUCACUGACAUCUGGGUUCAUGGAAGAGUCUCUAAGGGACUUAGAAGUUGUGUGGCCAUCUCUGAGAAUGCUCGUUUUGCUCCAUGUAUUCCUGCUAUUGUGACACACCAGACACAUCACUCCUCUUUCACUCCCUUGAAUAUACCAAGCUCUUUCCCACCUCAGGGCCUUCUUCCUUCUACUCCCCUUAGGUUCCUUUUUUUAUCAUUAGAUUGGUAGUGACACAUUAGACUGGCAGGGAGAUUUAUAUUGAUGUCCUGGCCCCAGCUCAGACAAAUUAAACUGGAAUCUCUGGGGGUGGGGCCUAGGUAUUGAUAUUUUUAAAAAGCUUCUCAGCCAUGGCAGAGAGUCGUGACUUCGGGUCUCACCUUCAAUGUCAUUUGCACAAAGAGGCCCUCCUGGACCACCCCUAGGAAGUAGAUAUUGUCUUGCUCUUUAGCUCAGCUUCUUCUCUGUUCCUCUGCAAUAGUUAUUACAAUUCGGAAUUACCACUUUUUUUUUUUUUUUUUUGUCUUUUUGUCUUUUUGUCCUUCUAGGGCCGCACCCUUGGCAUAUGGAGGUUCCCAGGCUAGGAAUCUAAUCGGAGCUGUAGCCGCCAGCCUAUGCCACAGCCACAGCAACACCAGAUCUGAGCUGCACCUGCGACCUACACCACAGCUCACGGCAACGCCAGAUCCUUAACCCGCUGAGCAAGGCCAGGGAUUGAACCUGCAACCUCAUGGUUCCUAGUCCAAUUCUUUAAUCACUGAGCCAUGACAGGAACUCCCAUGUAAUUAUCACAUUUGUAUGAAUGUUUUUGUUUGUGUCCCCCACCCCACUAGAAUGUAGGUCCUGUAACACAGGGAACAUAUCUGUCUCAGCCUUUGUGCUUCUCUUCAGUUCAUAGUAUCAGGCACAUAACAACAUUCUGAGUCUGCAAUGGUGAGUGGCUGAGGGUGGCCCUCAGAUGCUGCAUGAGGGUCUGUGUGGCCUCCUGGAAGCCAGCCAAGUCUCCCUGGAAUAUUAGGAGAGCACAAGAGAAUGCACAUCCACAUUCAAUGGUUACCUUUUUUUUUUUUUUUUUUUUUUUUUUUUUAAAUGGCUACAUGCAGCAUAUGGGAGUUCCCAAGCCAGGGCUUGAAUCCUCGCCACAGCUGCGGCAAUGCCAGAUCCUUUAAUCACUGUUCUGGGCCAGGAAUUAAACCUGUGCCUCCGCGGUGACCUGAGCUGCUGCAGUUGGAUCCUUAAUCCACUUCACCAAGGCAGGAACUCCUUCCAUGGUUAUCUUAACGGACAAAGGAUUGUAUACAUUUACCUUUCUCUCGACUCUAGUGUGCCAGGAUUUUUCGAGUGAGAUUUGUAAAUAGAUCCCGACUCAGCAUCUGCUUUAUGUCUGUGUCUUUCCCCUUCACUUGAUUUUGACCAUCAUGAGGGAGAUGUUCCAUCUCAUUAACCUUUGGGUGUCCUCCCCUCCCCUGGCCCCCAGCACUGGGUCUUGCAUAUAGGAGGGGCUCUAUAAAUGUCUGUUGACUUGAGGGAAGUUGAUUUUAUCCUUAUGGCACAUAGGUAUUUUGACCAGAUUUUUUUUUUUUUUUUGAAAAUGUAUUUUCUAUUUUUUUAUUAUUUAUUUUUAUUUUAUUUUUCUAUUACUCAAUGAAUUUUAUUACAGUUAUAGCUGUACAACGAUCGUCACAACCCCAUUUUGUAGCAUUUCCAUCCCCAACCCCCAUCUUUUGGCUAGAUUUUAUCCUGGGUGUUAGCUCUUAUGGUUAUUCAGGAAGCACAAAAGGGGAAUUGUGACCACAUUGUGAAAGUUAGAUUUGCUGGUGCUGGCGACUCGCUAUAACCUAAAUAGAUGCAGCUGGUGUCUAGAUGCACCGAAGGAUAGAACGAGUAAAUUUGUGUUUGGAGGCAAAUAAUGACACCCUAAGGAGUCUGAAAACAACUCAGAGUCGCAUAUUGCCCAGCACGGUCCGUGGAAGGAUAAAGGCGUGGUGGAGCUGCUGGAGCUCUCGCGAGGGCUGAGCCUGAGGUUUCCCAAGGAUUAUUUAGUAGCUAUUAAUAAAAAAGUGAACCGCCCACCUGCCCUUUUUCCCUCCACAGCUGACCUGAGGCUCUAAGGGGUUUUUUCCUUAAAUGAACCAGGCUUAAAUGAACCAAGAGAAGUCUAUGUUGUGGCCUUGAGCGCCCGCCACCACCCUCCGGUUUAUUUUACUUCCUGAAGAAAGCAUCGUGGUUUUCUGCUCUUCCUUUCCUGAGUUUUUACAUUUAGAUGAUUUGCUGGUGAGAAAAGAGGGGAAGGGGAGAGGAGAUGGUCCCAGGAGAGCUGAUAAAUUCAACACAAACCCAGCCAUGCAGCAAAGGCCUUCAUCUGUCUCUCAUCUGGGGACGUUUUCAUCUUGUCACGAAGAGAAACGCACGUGCACACACAUCCACACACAUCACGAAACCCACACAAAUGAAACCCUCUCUUCGGAGAAGCCAGCUACAGGAAAUUGGCUUAUGCACAGGAACUUGCUAAUCUCUUUUGUCACAUUCGGAUUGUUCCUGCUGCCACAGUCACUGCGCACACUAAACCUCAACCAUCUGGGUUGGGUUCUCUACUAGCCUAACUCUUAAAAUUUCAGGUCUCCCAACAUGAAACAGUUACAUGCUUGAGGAGGAAGGGAAGGUCGAUCCUUCGGCUGCUGUUGUUGUUGCUUACCUGCACCGAACAAAUUUGACUUCCGGAGUCCGUUAUAUUGAGGUCAAGAAAUUUCUUCGGCGUUCGACAGCAGGUGACUUGGAGACAGUUGUCAGUCGAUGAGCGUUUGGGAGCCAUUCCUCCAGAACUCUCCUCCGAGGGCCCCAAGCACCGAGAUGUUCCCCAAGUGGCUGGGAUCCAUUAGAGACUGAAGCCGCAGAGAUCAUUGUCGGCGCUGUCCCCAUUUCUCGGAGCAGAAGCCAGCAGAGAGCUGUUGGAACACAUCCCUUUCGCACAACAGUUGAAGACCGGCCUUUAGAGGUUUCCCAAGUAGAUGGUGCAUCUCCUUUGGAUGGACUGGACCAAGUAAUAGGCUGCAAACUGCUCUGAGGUCCCGAGAACACCGACACUUGUGGUUUUCAUUCCCCGUGUUGAAUGGCGUUUGCUUCCGCAGUCCACUGAGGGCUCGUUUCCUCAGGAUUCUGAACUUGAAACUAGGAACCCUUGCUGGGAAGAUGCUGAGUUCCAUCAAAUGUGUGUUGGUGGGAGACUCCGCUGUGGGGAAAACCUCCCUGUUGGUGCGCUUCACCUCCGAAACCUUCCCCGAGCACUACAAGCCCACGGUGUACGAGAACACGGGCGUGGACGUCUUCAUGGACGGCAUCCAGAUCAGCCUGGGCCUCUGGGACACAGCUGGCAACGACGCCUUCCGGAGUAUCCGCCCCCUGUCCUACCAGCAGGCGGACGUGGUGCUGAUGUGCUACUCCGUGGCCAAUUAUAACUCCUUCUUGAACCUGAAGAACAAGUGGAUCGGUGAAGUCAGGAACAACCUGCCCUGCACCCCCGUGUUGGUGGUGGCCACCCAGACGGACCAGCGGGAGGUGGGGCCCCACCGGGCCUCCUGCGUCAGUGCCGUAGAAGGCAAGAGACUGGCCCAGGACGUGAGAGCCAAGGGCUACUUGGAGUGCUCAGCCCUCAGCAACCGGGGGGUGCAGCAGGUGUUUGAGUGUGCCGUCCGAACUGCCGUCAACCAAGCCAGGAGACGCAACAGAAGGAGGUUCUUCCCGCUUAAUGAGUGCAAGAUCCUCUAAACCUCAGAGACUGCACCCAGCACGCACUCACCGCCAAGACUAAUGGGCACGGAAGAGCGGGCCGGCCAGCAAGGAUUGAUGCGCCUUCCGGGUACGUCCUGACUGCGUUUCCUUUCGGAUACAGUUGUGGAUGAGACUGGCUAUUUUAACUAAAUACAGUCUACAAAUGAAGAACUCUUUGCCAAGUACAAUUAGAGGAUCCCUUGGGAAACUGUAAUGAAUAUUCUCUCUUCGACUAAAAAAAAAAAAAAACCAAAGUGGUCUCCAUAAUUUUGGACAAUGAAGUGAGUUUUCCAAAGAAUUUCAUAUUUAAAGACACAUUUUAUUUAAAUAACAAAAUGACUAGCACUUGGAUAUAGUUAGUAUUCACACUUGGAAAUUCCUUUCCUACCUACUCACAAACACAAACUGACAUAUGAGUGAAAUGACCGUCUAGGGCUCUACCAUAUGUUUGUAAUGUUAUUCUUUUCACCUGAAGUAGUAACUGUGUUGAAACCACUUGCCUGCUAGAUUUUACUAAGUAAUCAAAUUUGAAAAUUAUUAACUGAUCCUUGCAAUUAGUUUUCUACCCACUUGUUAUUCAGAGUUGUAUUAAAAUACAGUUUAAGGACAUAAGAGACUUUAAUACUGCCUAAUGAUUUUAAACAGCUAUCAUUUUAUGUCACUGAAAUUAUUUUUAAAAAGCAUUUCUUAUUUAUGGUAUGGCCUUUCGCCCAAAGAACUCCAAUUAUGCCCUGUCUUCCUCUCUUACUCACCAACACAGAUGGAAAGGAAACCUUUCAGGUAGAGAAUCACCUCCAAGUGAUGGCAGCAGAACUUGGAGCAGAAGCGAGGCAGUCUUACUUUCAUUUUGGAGAGAUGCACGUUGCCUGCUUCUUCGGACACUGGGGUUUCCUAUCUGGUUGUAGGUCUUGUGAAAGAGUAGGCUCCAAGUUCCAUAUGAUGGUGAUUUAGCAAAUUUGCCAUUUGAGCUCUCAACUGAGCUGGCCUGGCAACAUAAUUUAUUAAUUUUAGGAUCUAAUCAUGAACGUGUCUACAUGUAUAUUCUUGUGUUUAAAGGAAAAAUAUAGAAUUUGUAGCUUUUACUAUUUUAUGAAUAUGAAACACCCUAGUGGACAAAAGUCAUAAAUUCCAGGCACAGGGAACGGGAAAACAGUAUAGCAAUUACUUAAAUAAUAAAGCAGUUAUCAGGGGGAAACACUGAAUAAAUAGGGACACCCCUUUAACACCCAUUCUAUCAAAUAGCUUAAAAGCGAUGGUUAUUGACCAUCGGUUAAAGUUAGGAACAGAGGCCUGUGUAAUUUAAGAAAUUGUGAAGGCUGGAACCCAGGCGUUUCCUUUCCUCACCUAAUCAAAUAAAACCUAGACCCACUGUGAACCACUUUUAUUAAAGUACAUCUUUGUUUUAUAGAAUAAUGUGCCACAACACAACAAUGGUAAGGCAGCAGCAUAAAUGGCUACGUUGACAUAACCAAACCAACUAAGUUCCCUUAGGUGGCCAAUUCUUUAUAGCUCUGAUCUGUGCCAGAGUCAAAUGAGUUCUCAUCUCCACACUGCCCUCUCUUUUUCUUCUCUCAUCCACAUCCAGUACAAGGGCUGGGACCAGGGUCUUAGUCUCUAGGGCUGAGGUUCCCUCAAUAACCUGGGGCUGACUUAUCUGCCUUCGCCCAGACAGCUCCAAGUCUCCAGGCCCAUGGCUCGUCCUUGCCUCUCUGUCACCUGGUCCCUUGACUUGAAAGCUACUUUAUCCAGCUCUCUCUAUGGGGCGUCACAAGUCUGACCAGGCAGGGGACCAGGGGAGCAACGGGAGCUCAUCCCUUCUUGAUAUCUCUGUUGAUCCUCUCCUCUUCUCCAGCAAUUGCAAAUGGUCUUCAAUAAUUGGUGCAGACUUUCCUUCAGGGCCAGGCUUUAGGGCGAGGGCGGGGGGAGGUAUUUAACAUGAUAGCAGGAAUAAAUUUCUAAUGACUAUAAUUGGCGCUCCCCAAGAAUUCUUUCUUUUCCUUCUUUCUUUCUCUCUUUUCCAUCUCUCUCUUUUCCAUUUUUCUUUCUUUCCCUUCUUUGUUCCUUCUUUCUUUUUCUUUCCCUCCCUCCUUUCCUUCCUUCCCUCCUUCUGUUCCCCCUUUCUUUCUACCUCUCUUUCUUUCUUUCCACCCCUCCCUUCCUUCCUUCUUUCAGGAGACUGGUGUAGGGAUGAUGGGUAGGGAUCUGAAAAUGAGAAGGGCCCAGAUGCUUGAUUCUAAGUGAGGGAAGAGGAGACGGAGGAAGCAGUAGAGGAGGGAAGGCCAGAGAGUGCACGGCCAACGACUUGGCCUUCCACCCAGGCAGACACACACAGGAGCCCUCUGCUUAUCGGCUGGACCCAAGCUUAAAGGCUCCCUCUGGGAACCCUCACACUUGAGAAAAGGAAGUAAGCUGUCCCCAGUGAUGUGGCCUGGACGAAAGGGAGGCCAGCUGGUGUCUGUCUUCCCUCCUGGACCACCAUUCUUGAAGGCAGAGCCGCCUUCUGUUCCUCUCCAUGUGCUCCAGGCCAAGCUCAGGGAAGGAACCAUAGCUCAACAAUGUUGUCUUGCAUUGAAUUGGAGAGAAGGACAAGAAUUGGGUUGAUGUGCUGCAAAGUGGUUAUGGGAAGUGGAGGUGAGGGACCCUCACGAGCCUUGCAGGGGGAAGAAGUCAUUCUGUAGGAAUCCAUGCAGUGCAGGUUCUACAUGACUGAAUACUGACUUUUCCUGCCUCACUCAGGCUUGUAUUUCUCACAUUUCUAAACUUGCAGUACCUUUUUUUUAUAGACUAUUGUAUAUCAAUUCGUAACCAUCUCAAAUAGCAACAUAAAUCUGCCCUUGUUUACACUGAAGCGUUGGUUUGAAUGGUUGACUCACCCUAUCCUGACACUGACUAAAUGGGGCGGCAGAAGCUAGGGUGAUGAAAUUAGGCCGAGUGAUAAGAAAGCAGAAAGCAUCCCAAUGGUUUGAGUUUGCUGAGGGCUUUGGAUGUGCCAGGCCCUGUGCUAAGUGCCUGAGUGUGUGUCAUCUCCCUCGUGUGCGUAUCACCUUACAAGAGGAAACUGAGGCCUGGCACGUUGACUGACAAGCCCAAAGCCACACAGCAAGGGGAGUGGCAGCACUGGGAGUGGCAGCACCAGGAGGGGCGUGUGGGUCUGCCAGACUCCAAAGCUCUGCUCAAAACCACUGUGUCCCACUUCCGCCCAUAGCAGCCCGACUGUAUGGCUUUGUCACAUCCCAUCUCAUGUAACCUUAUAGGCCCCAACCCUACCAGUCAAGUGGCCUGUAUUUGAAAACUUAUUUUCAAUAAAAUAUUCCAAGCCUGAU